UCAUUGUGUCAGUUUGGUACUUUGUUUUGCUAAUUCCAAUUGAUAAUAUAAAUAAUUGGAGUAAGCCGAAAGAAACGUUGGCAAAAAGAUCCGAUUUACAAAAACGCAAAUUUAUACUAAAUAUUUAUUUAGCAGUUCAAAGUCAAGUGCACAGGCGAGAAAAGAAAAUGUCUCAGAAAAAAGUGAUCAUGGUGACAGGCGGAACAGGCCUUGUUGGUCGCGCUGUGAGAACAAUUGCUGAAACUGAGGAAAAACAGGAGAAUGAAAAAUGGAUAUUUUUAUCUUCAAAAGAUGGUGACCUCGGUGAUAAAGAAGCAACAAAAGCAAUAUUUGAGAAAUACAAACCAACACAUGUCAUCCAUCUGGCUGCAAUGGUUGGAGGAUUGUUUAGGAACCUGAAAUAUAAUCUUGAUUUUCUAAGACAAAAUAUCCUCAUCAAUGACAAUGUAUUGCAGUGCUCCUAUGAAUACAAGGUUCAAAAAUGUGUCUCGUGUCUAUCGACAUGUAUAUUCCCAGACAAGACAACCUACCCUAUUGACGAGACAAUGGUUCACAAUGGCCCACCGCACGAUUCAAACUUUGGUUACUCGUAUGCAAAGCGAAUGAUUGACAUCCAGAAUAAGGGAUAUCAUACCCAACACGGCUGUAAUUUCACCAGUGUCAUUCCAACUAAUGUAUUUGGGCCCUACGAUAAUUUUAAUCUGGAAGAUGGCCAUGUCAUUCCUGGACUAAUAAACAAGAUUUAUCAUGCUAAAAAGGAGGGCAAACCUUUUGAAGUUUGGGGAACAGGGAAACCAAGAAGACAGUUUAUUUACUCCCUGGAUCUUGCCAGGCUAAUGAUCUGGGUAUUGCGAGAGUAUAAUGAACCAUCUCCCAUCAUUUUGUCGGUCGGUGAGGAAGAGGAGGUCUCAAUAAAGGAAGCUGUAGAAAUGAUAGUGGAAGCUAUGGAUUUUAAAGGACAACUAACUUAUGACACAUCAAAGUCAGAUGGUCAAUUCAAGAAAACAGCAAGUAAUGCCAAACUGAGAAAAUACAGGCCAGAUUUCAAAUUUACUGAUAUAAAACAAGCACUUCGUGAAACAUGCCAAUGGUUUGAAGCCAACUACGAGACCGCCAGAAAAUAAACUAUUCUGGUCAAUGAAAAUGCUUAAACUUAAAGACUUGUUUAAGUCUUGCAUGCUCUAUUUAAUAUCUAUUUAACGGUUUAAAAAAGACAUACAAUCACAGACAUAGCACAAACGAGAUUUUAGAGGUAGUUUGUUGUCACUGUACAUCGACAAUAUAAAUGAAGUUUAGUGGGAAUUUCCAAUAAAAUACACAGAACGCUAUGGAAAUAACUUUUCAAGCUUUAUUUACGCAUCAUUUAAAAAGCACUUUGGUAUAAAACAUGCGCCACUGAUCUGAUAGUAUACUGGAUAUAGCAACUGUAUCUACGCCGGAAAAAUGAAGAUCCAGAACGGAGAAAAAUACUACCUUACGGGCGAGAUCACUAGGGCUGGGGUUCGCGUGGUUGUGACUGAAGUUCAGCGAAUUCUGGCUUUUGAGCUAGGUACAGUAAAAUUGCUUUUUCCAGAGCGUUUUAUCAGAUCAGUGACUUGCAUUAAGAUUGCAAGCAUACUAUCAAUAUUCUUACAUGAAACUACAAUUUGCCUCGUUUGCAAUUUUGAUUGCUGUUCAUUUUAAUUUUUUUAUACGUUCUGUCCUGCGAAUAGUUUUAAUGCUAUGGGUGGUCUAAUUUUUCACAUUCAUACAUGUGGCUAACUAAUAAUAUUUCAUAUUUAAUCGACACGAUUGCGGGUGAGUUUUUCGGAGUGUUUUGUGUUUCGAUUCAGACGCCGUGCAUGGUAACGAUAAACGCCCACACAGACAGGA